UGCCCUCCUGCAUUCUGUAGCUUCACUAGCGACAGCACGUUUUCCCAGGGUGCAGUGGCAAAGAAAAAUAACAGGUGAGGGAGGUAUAGAAGCUCUUAAAUUCUUGGUUCUGCCUUGGAGAGGUUCCAGAGAACAGGAAAACCUGUUUAGAAGGCUUUGGUAAUGGUCUGGGCUAGAGAAAAUUGUGUAAUGAGCUAGUGUUGAACAAAUGGAGAUUUGGGAGCUUGAACUCUGGCAUCUUAGUGAGUGUAGGCAAUGACACCCCAAAGAGACCCAGUGAAUAGUGACAGUGUCAAAAUUGAUUCUUCCUGACUGGAAUGCCACUUCCUAUCUCAAGCACAUGUUCGCUCUUCUGCCUACCUUUAAACUCCUGGGUUGAAAAAAUAAGAGACAGAGGUGAUACAGCCAUGGGGCAGGCUGCAAGAGCUCAGGGGAAACCGCAAGAGGGCGCUCCUUUCUUCAGAUAAGGCUUGCUUCCACAUUUGCGUGGUGGUUUGACAUCCCUUGGUCCCUCUUCUCUGUGCAUAUUACCUGCCUUCUUCAGUUACUCUUCAGCUGCCAGGGGCAGGCAGGCUCUUUCUAAAGGGGCACAGACUCUCCAGAAGAUCCCACACAGAACCCACAGAUUCUGAGACCAGAUCAUCGCCUGUCAGGGUGUUCACGGGUGCAGAGCCCUUUGUCUUCCACACAGCUCUCCAGCCAUGCGCUCCGACUUCGGCUCACUGCUUGCUGUGGUCCUGCUGCUGAUUCUCAGAAGAACCCACGGAGACUCAGUGACCCAGACAGAAGGCCCAGUUACUCUCUCUGAGGAGGCAGCUCUGACCUUGAACUGCACUUACCAGACCAGCAAUGUAGUUUUCCUUUUCUGGUAUGUCCAGUAUGUUAAUAAAGCUCCUCAACUCCUCCUGAAGAGGUCAUUGGGCGAAGACAGAGCAGAGAACGAAGGUUUUUAUGCCAAUCACAUUAAGGAUGACAGCUCCUUCCACCUGCAGAAACGCUCCGUGCAAACGUCAGACUCUGCUGUGUACUACUGCGCGAUGAGAGACACAGUGGGAGGGACUGCAGGGGGAGCUGAGCACAAACCAGAGAGGGCAGGUGGGGCCUGGGUGAGGCAGCCCUGGGAGGGAGAGUUAUGGCUUCUCUCCAGAACUGAGAUCAAAGUGGCUUUGGUCAAUCAGAGACUCCAGCAGCUGCAGUGGCGACCCUAUGAUUUCAGUAGGACCAUGAGGAUUUAUAGAGAAACCGAACCAAGAGAACUGGCUGAUGGAGCUCAGAAACACACAUCCAACGAUCAGUAUAACAGCUGUGAUUGUCGGAUGGAUUUGCUCACUCAAGAAAUAUUUGAGUACCCACCAAAUUCCAUGACAUUGCCUCAAAAUGAAUCUUUUCAUAUGCUAAAAAAGUGCUGUUUUAUGAAUAAUUUGGUUGUACAGUGUACUUACACAAACCUAGAUGGGAUUGUAGUAACACACCUGGGCCGUGUGGUGUAG